AUGGCACAACUGAUUUUGUUGCAGGUGUUUCAUUCAGUGGAGGCUUCAAGCUGCUGGGUGGUGGCCCAAUCGAUCACCAUCGUCGCGGCCGCCGACUACCGCACGCUCCUCACGAUGCCGGCGGACACGACGGUGACCCGAUCGCCGGAGAAAUCCAAGACGACGGGCGGCAGCGACGACGUAGAAGAGGAGGAGACUCAGGAGAGGGAGGCCAAGAAGAUGAAGACCAAUCCAGCGUCGGUGGAAGCCGCCGCCAGGGACGACGAUGGGGACGAGGAGUUGGAGAUCUCGUCUCCGCUCUGCGAGCCCUACAUCCCCGACGAGCUGGACGACCCCUACCGCUACCGGGGGAUAUCCGCCGCCUACGAGCUCGCGAGAGCCGAAUUCUCUGAAAAAGAAGGUCGCCUGAAUAACCCGCCGACGCGCAAAUAUUUCCAUUCGCCGGUCCUCCACGUCCCUGACCCCGGAAGGAAGGCCACGCUCUCCACCGCGAGAUCCCUCCUCCGUCUCUCCUCCUCUCUAGCCGCUGGGGCAUUCUGCCGGUCUUUGAUCGACUAGGAUGAGGAGAGCAGAACCGGCAUCCUUCUGACGACUGCGCAUCUGAUCCGCGCCAAAAAGCCUUACACGAAAGGCCGCCGGUGGCGCAAAGGCCCGUACCACUAUCACCCUGGUGCUCAAGUUACGGUUCACUUGCUUGAUGACACCACUGCGGAGGGCCAUCUGCUGUACCACCAGGAGCAUUAUGACGUUGCUUUCUUCAAGGUUGCAGUGGAUGAACGUGUUCAACCAGUCUCUUUUGCUGACACGGUCGGUGAUGGUCAAGAGGCUUUGCGCCUUGGAAGAGAACAAAAUUUGAAUCUAAAGAUAGUCCGUGGCACAGUCGAGUAUCAGAAUAAUCCAAUACCAGAUGAGGGACACCACUACAUGCACUUUUCUCGACAUGGAAAAUAUGAGGUAAUUAAAGUACGAAGGAGAGAAAAUGAGUGGAGGUCAAAGGUAAAGGGUUUUUACGUCCUACCUAGGUGUGAAGAUGGUGGAGACCCCAUCAUUGAUUUUGGUGGAAAGGUUGUGGGGAUGACCAACCGUUGUGAAAGCUGGUAUUUUGUUCCCUCUUCUGUUUUGAAUGGGUGCAUCGAUUUGUGGAGAAAUUUUGGGUGCAUCCCUUGGCCCCUCCUUGGUUUGCAGUUUGAGGCCAUAAAGCUUCUAGAUCCAACACAUGCUGAAUAUAUAUGGCGCAAGUUAAACAUUGAUGAUGGUCUUAUUGUCGAGGAGGUGUCGACUGAAUCACAUGCUGAGGAAGUUGGAAUCCGAGUAGGUGAUAUUAUUCAAUGCGUUAAUGGAGAACACAUUUCUACCACAACUGAGCUGGAAAACAAGUUGUUCGGCAUAUGUAGGGGCAAUUUUGAUAGAGGAACUGACAUUAAUGCCAAAGUGGAUGUUUCUGUACGUGUAUUUCACACGGCCAACCAUAUCUGGAGAACACAACAUUUAAGUGUAAAUGUAUCUGACCGCCGAGAAGUUGUUGAACGAGCUUAUUAUCCUAUCACAAAUAGAGAAGAGUAUUCUGCUCCGGUCCAACUCAUCCAAAAGUCCGAACUGAUGGAGGGAGGUGGGCAAUAUAUUUCAACACUCACAACAAGAAGAUCCGGGCUGGUCUGGUUCUGGUCCGAAGACACCUCCAAGACCACCAAGCGUGGCCGGCCUGCUGCCAUCCAGUUGGACCUUGACGACGACAAAGACAAUAAUUACGAUAAGUUGCUAAAGUGUACCUCUGGUGUGGGCACAUCAGCCUCUCAUGACGCCAGGCUAGACCUGCCCGAGGACGCACGGUGGGAGAAGCGUCGAAAGGUGCUCCAAGACAAACGCCGCAACAUGCCGCUACGCCUGUUUCCAUCACCCCUGCCCCAGUCAUGCAUUCAAAAAUUUGUUUCAUGA